UUUUUUCACUUUCGACCUUUUUUUAUUAUUUUAAUUUACAUUCGGGGAGGGCUUGUCAGCGCAUGUCACUCUAUCCUGUCAUCCCAACUCGAAUACGCCUACGGCCCCCUCCCCUCUCCGUAACGUGGUGUCUCCGGCUGCUAUUACGAUCGACAGGUACUGUUAAGCACCCUCGUUUCAACCCCGCUGUUUAACACGUCCUAAGUCGCGAUCCUGGUCCCGAUUCUGCGGUCCGAGCUAUUCUUCCCUGGAGUCUAACCGAUAACUAAAUUCUGUUCUUUUUUUUUCGCCCGGCCUUCUAUCGUUCCAUCCUGUUGCUCUGCCUUUACCGAGGAGCGUCUAGGACGGUUUGCUUCCUGCUGGAUGUGGGAGAGCGGUGUAUGUGCAUGCCUGCGUGCUCGUGUGGUAUUUCCUUGGAAUAUAUGAUUUUCGUCGGGUGGGAAUUUGCACCAUGGUUUCAAUAUUUGGAUUCAAGAUCGGUGGUGAAAAGAAGAAGAAGCCGGCGAACGAAGUAGAUUCUUCUACCCAGCCACGUAGGAACGAGGAGCAAGAUGACCAGCCGACGGGGGAACAGUUCCUUAGCAAGGCAAACGGGCGGAGCGCGACGUACGGCGGGAACGUUGAGUCGGCCUCCCGCCCCGGCACAUCGCAUUCUUUCAGGCUCAAUCACUCGCGGACGAUAGCCAUCAACUAUAGCUCCGAGGCUCCCAGCAUGACUCCCGCCAGCAUUUCCGAUCUCUCGCGGCCGACACACCCGGGGCUGAAGCAACACGCGUCGAGCCCGAACCUAGGAACGCCUAGCUCGUGCAAUUCUUCGACCUCGGAGCUCCCGCCGCUGCCGCCGCCAGUCCCUAUGCGCAAUCCUUCUCGGCCGGGCACGCCUGUGAAGCAGCAGAAUUGGAUGAGCCCCUUCGAUAUGCACUCCGACGGCCUGCCGUCGUCCCUGGCGCCCGCGCCUGCACCGAGGUUUCCUUUGAUGGAGGACGAGCCGUACGAGGACUUCGCCGGCCCGAUGCCGAGCAGCGACGACGACGAGAUUCCGACGCCGCUGCGGAUCGCGAUGCCUAGUCCUCCGGCAUACCCGGUCGGUUCGCGGAGCAGGCGCCAGUCACUCACGAAACCCCCCUCUCCUCCGCAGUCGAUCCGCGGCGCAGAGAGCCCAGUCCUAGAGCGCCCUCCGUACUCUAGAGAUGAAUAUUUCCGCCCGCCGAGUAGAGGCGGUCACCACAGGAGCGGAGCCACAGGAAAUGGCACAACCACGCUCAAGGAGGUGCAGAAUAUACGAGAUAUGCCCGACUCCCACGACCCGGCCGCGAUCCCGUCGCCUAUACCGACGCCCCGUGGAAGCAGCGAGGCGAAACGCCCAGGCCCAGGUCCAAGCUUGAGCAGAACUAGCAGUAAUAACCGCAGCAACAACAGCAGCUCCGCUAGAUUGGGAGACCUCUGGGCCGAGCCGACGAUCCGGACGGUCGAGGCCCGGCGCGACGCUUUAACCGCAAGCGCGCCUCGGAGGCGGAGCCUGGAGAUGACGGUCGAGGAACUUGCGAAGCCGGACUACAUGGCGAUGCUGAUGGCAGCCUCGCCGGUCGCGCGGCCGAAGACCUCGGGCGGCCCCCAGGCGUCGACGAUCAUGACGCAGCAGCAGCGGCGGCUGGAGCGUGGUCCGCUGCCGCCGCCCUCUGUCGAUUUUGAAUUUCGCCCCCGCACGCCGGAUCGCAGUGCGUCGCCGGCCACCCCGUUCACCUCGAGCUCACGACCGCAGACUCCUACCGGAGCAGGAUCGCGCAGGCCUCCUGGUCCGCCCGUUUCCGCAGUAGGCGCCUACGGCCGGGCCGCCAGAAGACCGGACACGCGACGGGUACGCCGCCCUACGGCGGACGAGUACGAGAUCGAGAUUCACCGACGGCCGCAGCAGUCACAACCACAGUCGCAGUCGCAGCCGCAGCCGCAGCCCCAACCGCGGCCACAACCGCGGCCGGCCCAGCAGCCACCCCGGCAGCAACGAGAACUCGAGCGCAACAUGACCAAUAACUACUACUCGACCGACGACGACGACGACGACCACCCGCCCUCUCCCGACAGUCCCUUGAUACCGCGUACCGGUCCGCUGGCUAGCCCGCGGUUCCCUCCGCUAGAGGCGCAGCUCGCGCCGCCGCCGCCAGCCCGGGGCGCCACGAAGCUGCGGCUCCUAACCGCUGCGAGCGACUACCCGGCGGCGUCGUUGGGGGGCGACAUGGUAAACACGCCGGAGGAGCUGCCGGGGCCGCGCCUCGGCCACCGCAACGUCCCCACGCCGGACUCGUCGGACUGGCCGCUGCCGUCGCCGACGGGUUCUUCGUUCGACGCCGGGUCGGCGGCGGCGGUGGCGGGGGCCGGGGGCGCGGUCUUCUUGCGCUCGGACUCGCCGCUCUUCUCCGCUUCGCGGGCCGAGUCGCCGUUCCUGCCGCACGCCGACUCGCCGUUCGGGCGCGGCGGCGAGUCUCCCGUGUUCUCCCCGCCCCGGCUGCCGGGCGGCGCGCGCGCCGAGUCGCCGUUCGGGUUCCGGUCGUUCAGCCGCCCGUGGACGCCGUCGCAGAGCCACAACAGCAGCAACCACUACUACCACCACGGCGGGAACGAGCCCUCGCCCCGCGCGCGCCGCCCGAACCAGCCGUACCCGAGGCGCGCCGACACGGCGCCCGUGUCGCUGCCGGGAUCCCCCGCGAGGCCGCCGCCGUCGCGCGCCGCCACGGUGAACGCCCCCGGCCGCGGGCUGCGGAGCCCGGCGAUCGUCGGGGACGACUUCGGCCGCGGCCAGGCCUGAGAGCCUGGCUGUCGAUCGCGUCGCGGCCAAGACGCCAAGCCGGGAUAGUCGGCUGCAAAGCAUGGCAGCAUGGCAGCAGCAUCGGUGCCGCGUAGCACGCACCG